CUCUCUCUCUCUCUCUCAGCCUCUCCUAUCUUCUCCAUAUAUACUUCAUCUUCACACCCCUAAACUCCAAACACAAUCUCUCUUAUCUUUUUCUCCAUCUCUGCAAAUUUUGUCAAGCUUGCAUCCCCUUUCAAUUCCCACUUCUCUAUAAUCCAAUUCACAUUUUCUUCUAUUGCUAAUCCAUAUCAAAAAGAUCCUAAACAUUGUUUAAUUUGAACCAUACCAUGGACCCUUCAUUUAGAUUCAUUAAAGAGGAGUUUCCUACUGGAUUCAGUGAUUCUUUAUCAUCACCAUCUUCUUCUUCUUCUUCCUCUUACUUGUAUUCAUCUUCCAUGGCUGAAGCAUCCCCUUAUGAUCCAACAACAUUGAGCUAUCCACAACCAGUAGAAGGUCUCCAUGAAUCAGGGCCACCUCCUUUCUUGACAAAGACAUAUGACUUGGUUGAAGAUUCAAGAACCAAUCAUGUUGUGUCUUGGAGCAAAUCCAAUAACAGUUUCAUUGUCUGGGAUCCACAAGCCUUUUCAGUCAUUCUCCUCCCUAGAUUCUUUAAGCACAAUAACUUCUCUAGCUUUGUCCGCCAGCUCAACACUUAUGGUUUCAGAAAGGUGAAUCCGGAUCGAUGGGAGUUUGCAAAUGAAGGGUUUCUUAGAGGGCAAAAGCAUCUUCUCAAGAACAUAAGGAGAAGGAAGACAAGCAACAAUAGUAAUCAGGUGCAACAAUCAAACAGCUCUGAACAACAAGCUCUAGACAAUUGUUGCAUUGAAGUCGGUAGGUAUGGUCUAGAUGGAGAGAUGGAUAGCCUAAGGCGAGACAAACAAGUUCUGAUGAUGGAGCUAGUGAGACUGAGACAGCAACAACAAAGCACCAAAAUGUAUCUCACAACAAUUGAAGAGAAGCUCAAGAAGACUGAAUCAAAACAACAACAAAUGAUGAGUUUCCUCGCCCGUGCAAUGCAAAAUCCGGAUUUUAUUCAGCAGCUUGUCGAGCAGAAGGAGAAGAGGAAGGAGAUCGAAGAGGCCAUCAGCAAGAAGAGACAAAGACCAAUCGAUCAAGGGAAAAUAAAUGUGGUUAAUGUUGGAGACUAUGAUGAUGAAAGUGGUUAUGGGAACGAUGCUGCAGCCUCAACCUCGGCGUUUCUUGAUAUGAAUCAAGAAACAUAUGGAAACAUGUCUCAAUUCGAGAUGUCGGAGUUGGACAGACUUGCUAUGCACAUUCAAGGACUUGGAGAUCAUUCCAGUACUAGAGAAGAAGUCUUGAAUGUGGAAAGGGGAAAUGAAGAGGAGGAAGAGGAAGAUCUACAACAACAAGGGUAUAACCAAAAGGUGGACAAGGAGAUUUAUGGUGAAGGUUUUUGGGAAGAUUUGUUAAAUGAAGGUCAAAAUUUUGAUUUUGAAGGGGAUCAAGAAAAUGUUGAUGUGUUAAUUGAGCAACUUGGUUAUUUGGGUUCUAGUUCACACACUAAUUUUAGAAGAAACUGAAAUGAUGAAGACUACUUAAAAACUUGUUUCCUAUUAGUAAUUCGGUUAUGUUUACAUUAAGUGAGUCGUGGACUAACUUAUUGAAUUUGGGGGCCAAAUCCUUUUCUUGUUUUAUUUAACUUAUUUUUUGGAAAU